AUGCCUAUCAGUUCUGUAGGCGAUGCCAAUGCCUGGGUGCUCAUUCCGGUGGGGGUCGAUCAACAUGGCAGCGAACAUGAAGCCCGAGAGGAUAGGCACGAGGACGCAGUCCUGCUUCACGCUCUGUUGCGCGGCGCGGUGACAAGGGAAAGUGCACCGGCCUUCCGGAAUGAGUCCUUAUUUGGGGUGGCUCUUGAGACGGUUUACGAGAAUAUGGACGAAGAUUUCUCCAGCGAUGUUGAGCAGCGAGAUUCCUAG